AUGAUUCUGCCUGAUGAUGAAAAUCAGUCUACAGCUAGUCCUCCUAAUAAUCACAUACAUAAUCAAGUUGGCAUCAAAGUAAUCACAAAUAUCCCUACAGUUGUCGAUUAUGGUGAUUAUAGUGAAAGUAAUCAUGUUGAACAAAUGCAUAGCAUUCAAAGAUACUAUCAUACUCAACACGAGUCGGAGCUACAUCCUGAAAGCGAAGAACAAAUUGGCCGUCAUGAUUAUCAUGGAACUAAUAACAUUCUGGUAGAACAUAGCACAACGACAUCAGUAGUAUCUUCUGAUCAACGAUUAAUAACUGAGUCGACAUUAUCAUCCACACUUUCAACAGUAGUGCAGCAGUCCACUGAUCAGUUAGUCGAUGUAACAAUUAGAAAAAUUUCUCGAGCAAUUUUAACAUCAUCUUCAGCGUUAUUAGCUUUGAAAGAUAUUAUUUUAAGAUCUACACAUGCUAGUGUGUCAACUCGAACGGCAGCAGUUGGACAGUUGAUAAAAGAUUGUCUAUUACAUAAAGAUUUUUAUUUUGCUACGUUGAACAAGAAAGAGAACACUUUAAAAGCUCAAAUCGGUUAUCUGAAAUGUUUUCCUGCCGAUUCUGAUACUGUUUCGAAAAUGAAAUUUAUUCAUACACUACAUAAAUAUGAUCUUGACUGGUCACAAUAUCUCGCAUCGUUCAAUAAUGGUAACCCGAUCGAAUUUGAUCAAAUAUCGCAACAACCGAUAAUUAACGUUGAUAAUAAUGUAGCAACAAAAGCUAAAUUUUAUCUAUCGGAAUUGGCUCAAAUAAAAUUCAAAUCAUCGAAUUUUUACCGGUGUUUUGUAAAAUAUGAUGAGAAGAUCGUAUUACGCCCAAGACAACCAGUUGCUACGUCGUUUUCCGAUACAGGUAAGGUGAACGAAACUAAGCUGAUACUUAACGCUGUCUAUAUAUUGUAAAAUUUCUUUUGUCGUUUAAAUAGCAACAGAUUUAUAUGCCAAUAAAAUACAAUCCAAAAAAGGUAAAAAACGGUCUGUGACGUCAGAUGCGAUGCGUUUUUUGAAACGACAAAAAAUCCACCACUGAACAAAAGGAUUCUUAAAAAGCUCAUAGGGGCUAGUGUUUUCUUUUAUAUAUUGUUUUAUAUUUAAAUGUUUAAAUAUUGUUCUUUCUACAAUAAUCUGUCUCUUAGGCCAUUACUUUUCAUAUUUUCAUUCUAUACUUUAGUGUAGUGUAGAUUUUACUUUUAGAAAAGAAAAAGAGUUUUGACAAAAAUAAUACAAGCCAAACCAUUGUACUUAUAUAUUGUUUCGGCUUUAACAUGCGUGUGUAUUUUCUACAUUUUGGUUUUUAUUUAUUACUCAGUCCUUAACUAGUAUUCUAAAGAUAUGUUUUAUUUCUCUGUAAACGAUAUUUUUAUUUGUUUUUUCAAAAUGGUUAAUCAAGUAGAAGAAAAAGAUGUAUAUAUUGUUUAUAUAAAAGACAAAGCUGCAAUUUUUUUUGUUGUCCAGCUAAAGGAAAACAUUAUUGAUAAAAUGUAGCCCGAUAAAUAUAGUUUCAUACCGGGCAAAUCUUUAACUCAUUGGCUUACACUACAAUCAGUCGACUUUUUCUAAUUUUUUAUGUUUAAAUGCUUCAUUUGCUUGUUUAAUUUAGACGUGUAUCAUUUUAAAAUAACUUUCUAUUUAAUCAUAAUGUCAGCUGCUCUAUCAGAAUAUGACAAAGGACUGUUAUUUUUAACUUGUCAGACGCGACCCCAUCAUAUCAUUUUAUUAAUGACAUUGAACAAUAUCAUACCAACUGAAGUGAAACAUAAACAUGAGCACAUCGCAAACAUGAUUAACCUGCAAUUUAAAACAACAUAUGAUAAAUGUCUCAUUUCAUCCUUGAUUGAUAUUAUAUCGAAUGAGUAUGUGUAUCGCGAACAAUUUGCAUCAAUUAUCUGUUUAAGACAUAUAUUUCAAAGUUAUC